AUGGGAGAAUCAGAGGGAUGGAUGGGAGAUGCGGGUUCACACUGCGAGUCGAGGAAGAUGGAAGCCGAUUUCGGAAUCACACCCACGGCGUCGAGGGAUGGGAGAAUCGGAAUCACACCCACGGCGUCGAGGGUUUUCGCCGGAUUGACACUGCCGCUGCGAGGAAGAUGGAAGUCGAUUUCGGCUUUUUUUGGGAGGAGGGAAGAUGAAAUCGAAAAUCAGAUGGAGGAGAAGUAG